UACAUUCAAAUCCUUGUUCAUUCAUCAACUAAGUAGAUGCACUGGAUGUAGAGGCAUCGUAAUCAUUAAUUAUAAAUACUCAAACAAGGAAUGAAAGCUUUAAUUCUCUUGUUUCUCAUUGUUUCUCCGAUUUCCUCUCAACUUUUCACCGGGUACCUGGAGAACAAUGAAACCCUCUCAACCCCUGAGGUUUCACAGAUAAAAUUCUUUGCGCAUUGCAUCGUUGCCCUGCCCAUUGUAUCCGUAGGAAUUGUUGGGAACCUUCUCAGCUUGAUUGUUCUAAACCGACCUAAGCUAAGCCGUGUUCUAUACGUAUACCUGAGAGGAUUGGCUGUAUCCAACCUAUGCGUACUCCUGGCUGCUAUCCCUGCCCUCCUUGAUAUAUCCUACGGACUACCUGGAGGGCAUUAUCUCAUCGCCUUCUACCAAGCGUAUCUCAAGCUCCCCCUCAUCAACACCUUCAUGGCCAGCUCCGUCUACAUCAUCCUCUGCAUGACCUUCAAUAGGUUCUGCUCAAUCUGGAAACCGGACUUUUUUCGAAGAUUUCACACUCUGCGCAAUGCUGUUAUCUCAAUCUCAUUAUGCUUUAUUUUUGGUAUUUUGAUUCAUAUUCCGCUCUGCUUUCAAAACUAUAUAGUUGAAAGGGAAAUGUUGAACCAAACAAUAAAGAAUGAGACUACCAAUGAGACAUGGAGCAAUGUAGAGGACAUCACAGAGAACGGGACUAGACAACUACCGGAAACUGAACCAGAGAACGGGACUAGACAACUACCGGAGACUGAACCAGAGAACGGGACUAGACAACUACCGGAGACUGAACCAGAGAACAGGACGGAAAUCUUCUAUGAAUCUGCAGAGUAUGAACUGGUGGCAGAAUCUGAUAUCUUCAAGAUAUAUCUUGUCGUUAGCGAGAUAUUUCUCCGCAUCGGACCGAUCAUUGUUCUAAUCAUUCUCAACCCUCUGAUCAUUAUCAAGUUUAGAGAGAUCUCACGCAAGAAGGAUUUAUUGAAACGUAACCCAAUCUUCAACAUGGAUCCAAUCAACUACGCUGUCGCGGAGAAUCUGUGUGAAGAAUCCGCUCCAAGGGUUUCCGGUCAAUCCUCCCUGGUCAAACGCUCAGCUCAGAGGUUGAAGGAGGAGAGGAUGCUUGUCCUCGUUCUCAUCUCCCUCAUCAUCCUAUUUGUGUUCUGCACCACCCCCGCCACCAUCCUUUCCAUCAGCUACUCCGUGAAGUUGAACUACAACCUGAAUUUCCAGGUGUUCAGAGCUGUCUCUAAUAUCCUGGAGCUCUUAAACUUCACAUUGAACUUCUACAUCUACUGUCUCUGUAGCUCCGAGAUCAGAUCUGCCUUCGUGGACGUCUUCAAGAGUAUCUUUGGUUGCAAACAGGAGCAGGCACCGACACAGGGAGAAGUUAAGAAACAGGAACAGAAUCAUCAGGAGAAGGAAGGAAAAAAAGAGCAGUCACAGAAAAUGAAAAAUAGCAGAAACAGCAGUGGUAGGUAAAGAUCAAACAGAAAAUAGCGGAGUAAUAGUUGUUGAUAGAGAAACCCUAAAAAAAAGCGGAUUGACCGGUAGAACCAACAUUGAGACUUAAAAUGAGGAUCAGACAUCUUUUAAAUUUUAAUAAAUAUUUUAUGAAUAGUUCUUUUCCACAAAUUCUGAUUUUCAA